CAUAGUGAUAGUCGAGGAGCAGCCUUCCUCGAAUCCUCCUGCGACUACCCCUCCUCGAUCUCCUCCAUCCCCCAUAGACGAGGGAAUCCGCCCGGCGGAGAUCAUCCAGUUCCCUGUCAAGUCGGGGACCUCAGUUAUGCAUGGCACCCUUCAUCCUGUCGGCUUCAUGAGGGGGGUCAUGGCGCCGAAGGAUAGGUCAGUGCUGGCCCGCCUCGGGGAUGACAUCCUCGAUUAUAAAGUCGCGAGCUACAGCACUAUGGCUGCCUUGGCUGCUUCUGAGCAGGCCCGAAGGGUUGAGCAGCUGAGGAUUGCCAAGUGCCAGGCGGACGAGGCCCUGAAGAAAGCUGAUGAGGAGAAGGUCACCCUUAGGCAGAGGGUUGCUGAUGUGGAGGCGAGCCUUCGGCUGGAGAAGGAGGCCACGGAGCAAAGGCUCAAAGAUGCUGAGGCCAGGGGGAAAGCCGCAGCCGAGGAAAUUGCCGCAGUUGCCGCCAAGACCGCCGCCGAGGCCGCCGAUAUCGCCAAGGCCGAAGCGGUAGCUAAAGCUGAGAAGAAGGCCGUCGAGUCUUUUCUUGCCGAGGGCUGGAUGGCAGCUGAUUAUGAGGGUUGGGUGGCCUCGGUGAUGGAGAAGAGGGUGGAUGCUUGGACCCAAGGCCCCGGGGCUAUGUGGCUGGCCCGGAAAGGCAAGGAUUACUACGAUGGCGGGGAGUUCUUCACUCAACGCUUAGUGUACCGGAGGCUGGCCCGGCAUUUGAAGAUAGAGCCAAAGGAUUUCAACCCCGCGGCGUAUGGUCUCCCCCUCCUUCAGCCAGACGUUAGAGUGCCACUUCCCCCGGGCGAAG